AAGCUACUGCGAGCAGCUGCAACAAAAACUCGGUAGGCCUCAGGAGAUACGACACUCUACUGUUGCAUCAAUAUUUGCAAACAUACAGACAUCAUUAACUGUUUCAAAUCGAUUCUGAAGGACAACGACAAUGGUAAUUUGUUUUAUUUGUAACAGGCGUCUGCUGGAUAUGAAAAGAAGCUCAUGCAUAAUACCUGCGAACUAGCCCGUUAGCCAAAGUUAGCGGACUGGAUCGUGUUAAGGUUAUGAAACUUUUUAUAUUGCAGAAAAAAAUCUAGUAUAGCCCGAAGAAGCAUUAUUCUUGUCAAAUACACCCGUGACUGCAGAUAAAUUAUGAAUAUGUGAUAGAAACAUUUGAUGACGGAUGAUAAUGGAUUAUGCAGAAGAUCAAGUGUAUGUCAUUUGUUACAGUUGCAGUGUUAUUAGUAUAUAAAGGUUGUUGCUUAAGCUGUAUUGUCUUCAAUUUAAAGGCAUGCAGACUUCUGUAACACGGCGAGUUGUGUUUUAUGCUUUUCUUGUUUUGUAAUAAAGUGAUGAUUAGGUCAGAGACUGCCAUGGGCGGAGGCAAAUGCUGGAAACCACAAUCUAAACUUUGUUCCCAUAAAAACUCUUGGCUAAUUUGCAAGUGAUGUACGGACUCCUGUUGAGCUGUAGUCGGCCAUGGAAAAAAGAGAGGAGAAGGAGUUGGACGAGCUCACCCUCCACUUGCAGAGGGACGGUGUGUCCCCUGAGGCUUCAGUAGAGGAGCGUGAGCUGCACCUGUGGCGUUUGCUCCAGCACAGUGAGGGCAGCCUGAGCGCAGCCACUGAAGACCUGCAGACUUUACGCACACAGCAGGCCAGCGAGAUGAGAGAGGUGGAAAAUUACGUGGAGCAUAUUAGAAACAUGCUGGAGGAGCGGGAAUCUCUUACAGCAGAGUACGAACGGGACAGCGAACAGCUCCGUGCUGAGCUCGCUCUAAUGAAACACCAACAGGACUCCCAGUGUAAGGAGGUGGUGGAGAUGCUGGAGCAGGAGGGUCUAGCAGAGAUCAGCCAGAGCAGUGCCAGUGAGCAGGUGGCCUAUCUGCUGGUGGAGAGAGUCACUCUGAUGGAGAGACUGGAGGCUGUGGAAAGAAAACUUGACACCCAGACCCUCACCGGCAACCUCAGAGAGGUGCAUCUUCAGGAAGAGCUGGAUCAUAUGCGUCACACAUUGGAAGAGGAACUCAGGCAGCAAAAGGAAAACAUGAAUAAGGAAUCAUCAGUUCAGAGUCCUUGGAGGAAGUUCUUUGGUGUGCGCAAGGCUACACUAAGAGCACAGAACCUUCCUGACCACAGUGAAGAGUUCAAUAGAGAAUGCACAGUGUGCCAGAGGCUGGAGAGGGAUCUGGAAGAGGCAUCGAGUCGUCUUGCUAUGGCACAUAAAGAGAUUCGCCACCUGACGGAUGAACUAGAUCUCGCUCGUAAGGUCCAAAACGUGUGUGUACCUGACCUGCAGAAAACUGGGGAGGAAGUUGAGCAGUUGAAACAGGAAGUGGACAAGCUUAAACAGUGUGAUAUGGUGGAGCUGCAGAAGGCCAAGGAACGCAAUGAAAGAUUGGAUAGUGACAUUUGUGUUCUAAGGGAUAGAGUUCGCUCCUUGGACACAGAGAGGAGGACUCUUCUUAAACUGGUUGAACAAUCAAAGCUGCACUCAGAUCAAGGGAUCAAAGUGACAUUAGAGCACAAUAAAAUUAAUUCUACACAGGGUGUCGGGAAUAACGUCAAUCCUGAUCCAUCACUGAAUGCAGAGGAUGAGAUACUCCACAAAAGGUGUCGGAGAGAGUCUGAAGAUAAGGACAGCCGUCUGCGAGAGCUGGAGAGGAGGUUGCAGAAGCAGCAGCGGGAACACGAGGAGCUGGUGGAGCGCAAUGAAGAGCUGGAGGCGCUGCUGGGAGAGGCGCAGAACACAGUGAAAGAGGAGCGGGAACGUCAUGAGUGUGUGAUAGAGGGGUUACAGAGAAAGAUUAAAAGUAUUGAGGAAGAACUGAGUAAGAAAAAUAGUAAGAAACCUGAGAAGAAAAAUGAAGAUCAGGUUCGUGGGACUAAGUCUGAGCUUAGCGAGAGUGUUCAAGAAAGACUUAAGUUCCUUGAGGGUCGACUUGCUGAAGAAAAAGGUUGGAGGAAACAGCUGGAGGUGGAUCUGUCUGUAGCCAAAGCUGCUCUCAAAACGGAAAAAGAGGUCAUGCAAAGAGACCAUGAGGAGCUGAAGAAAUUACGUGUGGAGGUCCAGAGACUAGAGGUAGAAUGUCGACAAGGGAAGACACUUAACAAGAACCUCACACAGAUUAAAGGAGAAAAAGGAAUUUUGGAAGAGAAGGUGGCCCAGUUGGAGCGUGCUCAGACACGACUCCAGGACAACCUGACACUUCAGACAGAGAACAGCCGGGCCGAAGAGGACCUGAGAGACAGCAGGGGACAGGUGGCAGAGCUUAAUUCUAUGGUGGACAAGCUGAGAACAGAACUGACUCGACUGGAGAAGGAGCACAACGCUCUAAGGGAUGAGCUGAUGGAGAAGCGUGGGCAUGUGAUGCAGCUACAGAAGGAGCUCAGUGAGAAAGCCCACAAGAGGCUUGAGACUGACGGUGAGAGGGAGAGACUCAGUCUGGAGCUCCUGCAUGUGAAACAGCAGCUCCAGUAUGCUAGAGAGCAGAUACCCAAAGCAUCACAGGAGCACACGGCCAACCACAAGCCCGCUGCAGAGGAUGAUGGGCUUUGUCAGCUGGCCUGUGUGAAGUCAGAGAUGAGUAAGCUACACUCCACCCUGGAGGAGGAGAGACAGCUGGCCCUGCAGGCCCAGAUCAGUGAAGCACAGGCCAGGGCUAAGGCUCAAGACUCACUGCUCCAACAGAAGGGAGAGGAGAACAAACAGUUGAGACAGGACCUGCAGAGAACCCAGCAUCUCUUCACUUCUGCUGAGAGAGAGCUGCGCUAUGAGAGAGAGAAAAAUCUAGACCUUAAGAGACACAGUGCACUCCUAGACCAGGAGAAGAUCAAGCUGUGUGCGGAGCUGAAGCAGGCCCAGGCCAAAGUAGCCCAGCUGGAGGGGAGCGCAGCAGGACAUGUGGCAGAGCUGGAGAGACUCCAGCAGAGGGUCAGAGAUCUGGAGCUGGAGGUGGCCAGAAGCGCUCAGAACCGACAGACUAACAGCAGCUUGAUGGAGGAGCUUAAUUCCGAGAGAGCACGUGUGAUUGCUGCUGACAAGAAGGUUGUAGAACUGCAGCAACAACUGAAGAACACACUGCAUCAGCUGCGUCUAGAGGAGGCCAGAGCGGGAGAGACCAGCAAACUGGAGAGAGACACCAGAGAUUUGUCUGAUAACCUGUCUGCCCUCAGAGCCCGACUGCAAGAGGAGCAACUACAGAGGAAAUUACUUCAGCAGAAAGAUGAGGAACUCCAGCAGCAGGUGCGCUCAUUGCGGGCGAAGGAGGCAACUCUGACACGCAGCAACUCGGAGAUGUCUCACCGCACACAGGAGCUGGAGAUGCGGCUGCAGGUGCUGGAGAGUGAACUUAACACAGCUAGAGAAGAGCAGAGAAGCAGUCAGAAGAGCUGCCACAGGCUGGAAGAACAGCUGCUGUCUUCCCAGCAUGAGUCUGAGAGACUGCAGGAGGAACUGAAGCUGGUCAUUCAGCAGCUUGACACUAACAUCAGGAGAUACAACGAGAAACAGUCUCAGCACAAAACCAAGUUGCGCAGUGCUAAACAGAUCUUCAUGAAGACAGUCACCCAACAUGAGCACAGGAUCCAGCAGUUAGAGAACGAUCUGGCUCUUGCGACAAGUCUCUCAGAGAAAGAGAAGGACUGGAUUAGGAUUGUAACAGAAGAAAACGACCAGCUCCUCCUGGAGAGGCGAGAACUUCUGCAGCGAAUAAGUGAAGCUGAGGAGAUGGGAAACAAUGGAUUAAGGACCGCCACUACCAUCCAGCAGAGAGUUAAAUUCCUGGUGAUGGAAAACAAACAGCUGCAAGAAAAAACUCUAACACUGGCCAAUCAGAUAGGAAUUUUAGAUCGCGCAUUGAGAAACCUUCAGUCGCUGUGUACUGUUGAGGAGGUCAAGAAAAUGUUUCCUUCUGGAUCUCAUCCUGAUGGCCAGCUGCUGACAUCAACUCCAAGUCCCCAGCCUGGGCUCUGUGACUCAUGGGGAAUAUUGGAUGCCAUUCGCAAAGUCAAAGUGGGUGAGUCUGGAGUGAAGAGCCUGGAGAUCUCCUCGUCUGUGCCCGUUUCACAGUCCACUGAGAUAGGCUACCUGAACGUGACCUCACCUGUGGCUCCCAACAGCAGGUUAGAGCAGGAAGAGAGUCUCAGUGUCACAAGCGAUGAGGCCUGAGGGAGUUACAAUGACUUGUGAAAUGCCAUUACAAGGCUUGCCAAUCUGAAAAGUCACUGGAGCAGUCAAGGCUUAAAAAUAAUUGAACUGUAGAUGGGUAAAACGCAGACAAAUAGUGUUUUUGUGGCACUGUGACGGUCUAUGUCAUGUUUUCUCUUCAAUUAAUUUCCUAACACUAAAAGCGAAUGUGAAGAGCUGGAUUAUUGCUCAGGCUCAUAUCACCUGGGUUGAAUUCUGUUGCAUUGCCUUUGUGACUCACCUAGAGUCAGUCUAGAAGGCCUGAGAUUUUAUAUCAUCCACAAACAUUACACUUCAUUGGAUGUUAUGGUCAGUAGCCUUGUCACAUCUAUAAGAUGCCAUAUGUAUUUUUUUAUACAUUUACCCUAUAAUGGUACGACUAUGGAGAAGCACUUAAAGCACUAUUGAUUUGACGUUCAAAUGGUACAAUCUACAGGUGUUUACAACUGAAAUGCACUAUUGCCUUUGGAUAAGCGGUAAGUAUUUGAAAUCAAGUGUUUGUAUAUUUUAGUGCGAUUUGGUGUAAAUGCCACCUGAUACAUAUCUUGCAACCCUUGCAUGUGUCAGUUGACCUUUUCUCAUUUUCUGUGCUGCUUUUGAGUGAACAAACCUGGUAAAAUGUUACAUGGAGCUGAGAUUACUACACUCUUUGUAGAUAAAAGCAUGUACACUAUUGUUCAAAGGUUUGGGGUCAGUAAGAUUUUUUUUUUUUAAUUUUAAA